GGCCGGGCCGGACACGUGGUGGGGCUGUUGCGCGGCAACGCGGCUGCCGCUUCCGCCCCUUCCGCCCCUGGACUCGCAGGCGCGGCGGCUGCUGCCGGCAUGGGUCGGCGCAAGCGGCGGCCGGUGGCGGCGCGUUCCGCGGGCGGCCUGGGCUCCACCUCUCAGGUGCGUCGCACCGGAGGCAGCAGCGCCGCCAGCAAGAGAUCCGCCGCGGCGGUGGGCUACAUCUCGGACCCCUUCGUGCUGCGGCUCCUGCCCCGCGGCCGCCGCCGAGCCCCCGCCAUCCACCGGGGCUACCAUGUCCGGGCCCGGGCGGUGGAGCACUGUGUCGGCGCCUUCCUGCAGCGCACGCAGGGCCUCCCUGGCAGGCAGAUCCUCUCGCUGGGCGCGGGCUGCGACUCGCUCUACUUCUGCCUGAAGAGCCGGGGGCUGCUGGAGCGCGCCGUCUUCUUCGAGGUGGACUUCCCCGAGGUGGCUGGCCAGAAAGCGGCGCUGGUGGCCCAGGCCGAGCAGCUGGCCUCUCUGGCGGGGCGCGGCGCUGGGCAGCAGCAGGAUGAGCUGGGAGCUGUUAGUUUUGCAGGAGAGGAUUACAGGCUGCUGGGGGCUGACCUCUCUGAGCUGCCAAGGCUGGAGAAAGCUUUGCAUGCCGCGGGCCUGGACCCCAAAGCCCCCACAUUGCUUUUGGCAGAGGUUGUGCUCACCUACUUGGAGGUGCAGAGGUCAGAUGCGCUGGUUCAGUGGGCUGCCAGGCACUUCUCCCAGGCGUGGUGUGUCCUGUAUGAGCAGAUCCAUCCAGAGGACCCAUUUGGGCUUGUCAUGCAAAAUCACUUCAACCAACUCCACUCCCAGCUCCACUCCUUGGCUCAGUACCCAGACUGCAAAGCCCAGGAGAUGCGCUUCCUCCAGAGGGGCUGGGAUGAGUGCAGCAGCAUCAACAUGAAUGAGUUCUACAGCCGCUUUGUCCCCAGAGAGGAGCAGCAGAGGAUCCGGGCCCUGGAGCCCUUUGAUGAGUUUGAGGAGUGGCAUCUGAAGUGCUCCCAUUACUUCAUCCUUGUUGCCUCAAAGGGGGAGAAGCUGAUCCAGACUCCUGUUUUUCCUGGCGUGGGAGAAGGAGCCUUCUCGACUUGCAGCGCGCCACAUUUUGCUGGGACUGUUGCUGUCUCGGUCUGCAUGACGGACUUGGGAGUCACUGGCCUGAGACGGUACGGCCACCGCUCUGUGCUGAUGGCCCCGCACCUGGUCCUCACCACUGGAGGCUUUGGUGACAGCAGCGGGCGUCACUGCCGCCUGACUGAGUUGCAUGCCCUGGUCAAGCAUGAGGAUGCCUGGAGAAGCCACGCCGUCUGCCUGGCCCCGCCUGCGGAGGCCUGGGAUGGCCGACUGUUCCACACAGUGACCCUGCUACAGACAGGCUGGGCUCUGGUGCUGGGGGGGCGCAAGGCCCCAGCGAACCCGGCCCUGGAGGCCUGUGGCUUGAGAGUGCUGGAGGCAGCUGACUCCUCCGCUCCCGGAGGUCCUGUGGUGGAGCUCACUCGCCUGCCGCCUGUGGAGAAGUUGGCUUCGGCCCGCUGGAGACACACAGCGACAGAAGUUACAUAUCAAGGUGAGGCGUACCUGUUCAUCUACGGCGGCUGCUGUGACUCCGGGCAGACUGUGCGGGCGGAUUGGUGCUUCCUGCACUUGGAUGAGUUCUGCUGUCGGCAGAUUCCUGUGGAGGGUCCGGUUCCCACUGGCCGCCAUUCCCACAGUGCUUGUGGCUGGGCAGGUGGGGUGCUCCUUGCCGGUGGCCUGGCAGCCACGGAGCAGCCCUUGGGCGCCGUCCUCUUUCUGCGGCCAAUGGAAAGCGGCUUCCAGUGGCACUCGAUCGUGACCCACCCCCCACUCACGCCGAGGUAUUCUCAUACAGCCCAUGUGCAUGAUGGGAAGUUACUGCUGGUGGGCGGAGUCUGGUUCCAAGCUCCCUCGGUGCCUGGGGUGGCUGUGAUCGAUCUGGCCUCGGGCUCCGUUGCUGAGUUUCACAUUGACACGACCUCUCUGGAGUGGCCUCUGAUGUUGCACAACCACAGCAGCGUUUUCCUGCCCGAGGAGAAGGAGGUUCUUCUCAUGGGUGGCGGCGGCAACUGCUUCUCCUUCGGGAGCCAUCUGAACCAUCACCCAGUCCACCUGGCCCUUGGUGGCCUCCUGAGAGGACCAUGAGCCGUGGGUUCCAGGAGGGCUUGGCUUCCUUGAAAUGCAAGAGCCCCUGCCUGGCAUGGGGCAAAGGAGUGCUGGCCCAGGCGGGUGCUCCUUCCAUUCAUGGAGGAUGCCUCACCCGCCUCUUGAUGAGAAAUGGGUAUAUUGCAAGAAGGUCAGAGGCUUGUGGUGCUGGAAAGAAUAGAGCUAUGUCACUUCUUUGUGACCCUCUUCUUCUGCCUUGAGGGUUCUCUCCAUCUCUCUUACUCUCACUCCUCGCCUCGCUCUCGCUACUGUCGCCACUGCCCUCCCUCCAUCAUCCCUCCUGUCACCUUGCUUUGCUCCCACCACCACCUCCAUUUAUCUCUCUGGGGGCUUCUCGUCCCUUGCCUGCCCUUUUAUUCCCUCUACUGCCUCCCCUCCUGUUCCCUCUGCCUCCCUCUUGUCAUCUCGCCGUUCGGGGACUCCAGCUGGUGCAUCUGCUGCUUGAGGGUCUCCUGCGUUCAGUUUGGAGCCUGGCUUGGCACUUGUGGUGGUUGUGGCUUGGGUGGUAUCUGUGCCUCGCUCUUUUCUGUCUGUUCUGACUGGGGUUGGCGUUGUCCAUGUGGCUGGCGCUGCUGCUGCUGCUGCUUGCACUGAUGCUACAGCUCCUAAUGCCUGUCCCCUUCAUUUUCUAUUGGUACUCCUCUUGUGUAAGUGUUCCCACCUGGCUAAGCUGCAUUUGCUCACAAGUCAUCUGUCUGCCCUCGUUUCUCUCUCUGUCUUUUUGACCCUUAGGGCUCAGGCCAGGGCUGAAGCCCUUCCCCAAAGGGUGGCUGUCUCUGCACUUUAAGAGCUUCCAUCUCCCUUUGACCUGUACUGUCUUUUUGAGUCUGUGCCUUAAACUUGUAAUUGCCUAGCACUUUCUCUCCCUCCCCAGGAUAGAGCUGUUGUGGCGGGGGGGGGGAGUUUGGGGUGGCUUGCCCUUCUGUGGGCUUUUGGGGCAUAAUAAAAAAGCGUGACUCUG